AACAAACUAUUAAACAGAGGAGUCGCCUGAGGGCAGAGGAAAAACGGGGGAAGGCACCCGGCAUGCCAACGGACUCCUUCAACACACACUCGAUCCUCCACUGCCAAUAACCCUAUCCCUACGCCGUCGUCCACCACCACCGCCACCGCCACCGUCACCGCCGUUACAUCAAUUCAAUAGUUACAUUCAGAUCAAUUUAGGUAUGCGAUCCUGUAUGGCGCGGUGGCGGUGCGGAUUGCCAUUCAAUGCAGCCGGUGAAUCAGGAGCGAGAGGCUUUUCUCGCUGUUAAUGGAGUUGCAAUUGCAGAUGAAUUGGCAGACCGCUUUGUUAUUGAAGAAACGGAAGAACGCUCCUCCGUUAGGGUUCAGGAAUCUCGGUAAUACGUGCUAUCUUAACGCUGUUCUUCAGUGCUUAACCUACACUCCUCCGCUUGCUAAUUUCUGUCUCCGUCGUCAACACUCCGCAUCCUGUGACUCACUACCACAGCAAGACAAGAAGAAUAAUUGUCCGUUUUGUCUACUAGAGACAAGAAUCGCUCGUUCUCUUAGCGUCGACUUACUUCUAGAUACACCUGGCAAGUUCAUUGGCGGCUUGAAAAUUUUUGCAGAGCAUUUUCGUGUGGGUAGACAAGAGGAUGCACACGAGUUUCUUCGGUACGUCAUUGACGCCUGUCACACCACAUCUAUUCGGUUGAAGAAGUUGCAGCAGCAAAAACGCAAGUUAGUUAGUAAUGGUGGAGGUGAUAGCGUCAGUGGCAGUACUGUAGUUAAGGAGAUAUUUGGAGGAGCUUUACAAAGCCAGGUGAAGUGUCUUGCUUGUGGCAAUGAAUCCAAUAAGGUUGAUGAGAUCAUGGAUAUCAGUAUUGAUGUAGUGAAUAGUAGUUCUAUUAAAGAAGCUUUUCAGAAGUUUUUUCAACCCGAGAUACUAGAUGGGAAUAACAAAUACAAGUGUGAAAGCUGUAAGAUGUUGGUAGCAGCAAGAAAGCAAAUGUCUAUCCUUCAGGCACCUAACAUUCUUGUAAUUCAAUUAAAGAGGUUUGAGGGAAUAUAUGGUCGGAAGAUAGACAAAGAAAUCGCUUUUGAGGAAGUGCUGGUUCUUUCAAGCUUCAUGUGCAAAACAAGUCAGGAUCCUCAUCCAGAGUAUAAGCUUUUUGCUACUAUUGUACAUUCUGGCUGCUCACCUGAUUCAGGACACUAUUAUGCUUACAUUAAGGAUGCGUUUGGCCGUUGGUAUUGCUGCAACGAUUCUUAUGUUUCAGUUUCAAGCUUAGAAGAAGUUUUCUCUGAAAAAGUCUAUAUCCUUUUCUUCUCUCGUAACAAACAGAAGCCCAUUCUACCUAACAAAACUUUAUCUACUAACGGAACAAAAACACAUGAUUGCAAUGGAAACGAUACCUCAAAAAUUCCUAAGUCUGGUCAACAAAAGUCAACAGACUCACAACAACCUAAGGUUGAUCCUGCAACAUCAUCAUCUAAAGUUGGUAAAUAUCUUUACGUUCCUCAAAAGAAGCCAGUCAGCUUUGGAAUUUCCGGUCCCAAAAAAGCUCUUUCAGCUAUUCAUAAUAAAGAAAACAAUGAUAAUAACGGUGAUGCAGAAGCCUCAAACGCUAAGAAGACGAUUGAUAAAAAGAUUCCACUGUUAGAGGACAAAUACGGAUUCAGCCAAAACAAACAGGUUGCGAAUGGAAAUGUGGCGAUUCGUAGGAAUGGAGAUGAAGUAGUUACAAAUGGGUGUAAGAACAGUUUUACAAGAAAUGGAACCGAAACGGGUCAAUUUUAUAAUGGUAUAGGUAAAAGCCCCUCUGAUGAAUCAGACUCUCGGAUGAAACAUGAAGAGCAGAAAUCGACUGUUUUGCUAGCUGAAGAUCAUUCGUCACUAGCAAAGCGUGAAGAACUUACGGAAACUCUUGUGAAAGAAGCUUCUUCUUUCCUGCGAAAAUGUGGCUAUUCAGACGAGGUUGCAACUUUCAUGCGGGCCAAGAAGCUGAGCAUACGAGAUGAAUGUGGUAAUGCAUUACAGAGGAAUGAACUUAAGAGGAAAAUGAUAGCUGAUGCCAAGGUUGCGCUUAUUCCUCAAAUUCCAGAUUCGUUGAAAACUGAACUCAUCAAACGCAUCAGAUCUCAUAUCGCUCAAUGAGACAAGAGCUGCAUGACUCCAAAGGUGUGGGGAGGUAAGGUAGAUACAGGACGCCACGUCAACAUCUGUAUGUGUUUUAACGAGGCAUAUAGACGUGGAAACACAAAGACGGUAAAUUUUUAUUUGUUUUUAGUUUUUGUAUGGAAGGUUUUUGUAAGUGUUUGGAAAGUGGUUGGUGAGGAAGUGAGGCAGGCUGGUGUAGCACAAAGUUCAUUAGUAACGGUAUUAGAUACAUAUAAUAUAUACAGUAUUCUUUUUGUAAAGUAUAACCCUUUUUGAUA